ACAAGUCUUUCCGAAAGUCUUUCCCCCUCGAAGGACAAGGUUGCUCGCCGGCUCCGUCCAGACCACCGGCCGUCUGGCCUCUGCUUCGACGGCUGCCUGUUCGCAAAGUGCGGCCGUACGUUGGAGCGCGCGAACGUGCUUCUCCCCGCGGGAUCCGCUACCGUCCCGUCCAGCUCAACCGGCGAGCGAAGUAACGAGGAGGAAAUUGCGCGGGAAGAUCGAGUUUAGCGUGCGCGACUUACCGUCUGCGUGUGUGGGUGAAGCGUUCCGCUACGCCAUUCUGGGACAACGGUGGCGACAGCGUUGUCAGCGCGACUGCGCGGUUCUUGUUUCCCGAGUGCCUGUUUUUCGGAAAGUGCUCGCAGGCGACGCGGGUGUGUAUCUUCUACGCGUCCUGCCGUGUCUGUGUGUGUGUGUGUGCACGCGCGAUGACAUCUGGAAGAAAGGUCGUCCCCCGGAUGAUGAUGACUUGAUUGAUGCGGCGCGGAGCGCUGACUGCAGCCAAAAGAGGAGGGGCUUCUGCUGCUUCGCCGUCGGUUGCUUCUCGACGAAGUCGUCGCUUCGAGCAGACUCGCAAGCACGCAGGAGCCUAGGCGAGCCACUGCACUUGCAUCCGGCCCACCGUACAACUCACUCGACCGCUGACGCUGCGUCGUUUCCCGCCUACGCGUCGUCCUGGAUGUUCAAAGAUUACAUCGCGGUGUCGAAAUUGUAGUGCCGGACUCCCGUAAUACUGCCAAGACCGCGUGUCGCCGUGUGGAUUACGCGAAAGGUUCACUUCACAGAAGGGUUGGAUUGAAGACCUGCUUCAAGAUGUGUUCGAGCACACCCUUUACUACCUCUAGCGCUGUGAAUCAUUCAUGCUGUGUCGUGCGCCUCUACUCCAGGUGACAACUGAUGUUACGUCUGGACAUGUCGCCGCCACGUCCAUUGAGCCGAGAACAUUUUACUGAAUGCUGACGCUUCGUUGUACUUGUUAUGUCUUAUUCGCGUCGCACGGGUGUCGGGCUGUGGACGCAACGCUCAGAGUGUACGUUGACGCGUGAGUUUGGGAGCCGUUUAACGUCACCGCUCUUGGUUAUUUAUUCAGCGUCUGUUUUCUUGCCUCGUCACCAAAGACAUAUUUUUUCGCUCUCCAUAUUCUCUGCAGCUUAGAGUUUUCGAUUAUGUUGCCAGCUAUGAUUCUGGAAGAGUUCGCUAGACUACAAACCCGCCAUUUCUGAGCAACCUCUCUCUCUUGCACAGAGGGAAGUGACUGCAGAGAUCUUGCAAAACGUCAAGCAAUGCCAUGCCGAGCUGGACUCAAACAACGGUGCCAAAUAACUAAUGGGCCAAAUAACUAACGCGAGCGUGCUACCAAAGUAACCUGUGAUACCUUCUCUAAGCACUGCCCCCGUGCUCGUGUUGUGUAGUUUAGAACUACCACUCGCGUACGCGAAAUUGCUAGAAAGACGUCUUCUGAAUGCCCUCAUAGGAUGUGCACGUGUGAAAACGACCGGAAUCCUGCAAGAGGCGUCAACUACAUUUUCUUACUUUAAUCGCGCACGAAAAGAGCAACCCUCAUUCUCAAUUAAGCCUUCUCGAAAGGCUGCUCUACCACUCGCAAACGCACAGAAAGUUGCGUGCAGCUCCAAAGAGGAAUCCUCGCAUUUUGAAGAUCGGAUACCACCAUCCCAACACCACCAUGAUGGACAAACCGUUCAGGCGUCGCAAGUCCGGCCCACCUUGCGUCUCCUACCCGCUGUGGCCCGUGGGCAAGGGUCCCGUGCGAAUCAUAGUGGACGCCCCGACGCAGGCGUCCAAGCGAGCGUCCCGCUGGGCCCGGCGCGGAUCCGAGGCCUCGGUCGUCGUGCUCAACAAGGUGGUCCGCAGGGGCAAGGCCUUCUGCCGAAGCCUGACGCCCGAGCCGCGUCUGUCGGGGAGCGAGAGCCCCGAGCCCGAACCGUGGCACGGCUCGGCGUUCAGCUACGCGCCCGGCCACAGGGCCAAGUCACUGUCGCCGGCCAAACGUGUGUCUAAUGGCAACGGCCUGGUCAGCGAGUCCAGCGACCACUCUCUCGGAUCCACCGACGACGAACUGGACGAGCAGCCGUCGCCUCCUUACCGAUGCCAGCUGCUCGUGGAGGACGAGGACGGAGUGCGCGUGUCGCCCAGCCCGUCCCCACGCCACAGCCUCUCGUCGGCGGGGUCGGGAGCCUCGCAGGGAAGCACACGGGGCGAUGGAGGCAGCUCCAAAAAGCAAGAGCAAGGCGGCGUGGGCGGCGGCCUGGCCAAGCUGGCGCGGCUGCUCAUGCAGAAGGAGAAGGCGCCCGGCGAGCGAUCGCCCUCGGCCAGCAGCACGCUCCUGUCACCGCCGGGACCCGCGUCGUCCACGUCGUCCGUGUUCGACCCAGCCACGGGUUUCCCGGGCGUGCCGUCGACGCCCCUGCGCCGAUCGGCCAGCAUCGACAGCCUGCUGGACGCGACGGCGGCAGCCCACAGCCACCACCACCACCACUCGUCGUGCCUGACCGCCAACGGACAGGCGGACGAAGCAUCGUUCCAGACCACGCCGACGUCGGGCCAGACGGCCCGACCGGGGGCGCUGCCCAAUUCGCCCAGCGUCCCCAGUCGACUCGCCAAGGGUGUGCCAGGCCUGCGUCAGAGUAGUGUGGAACUGCUUCUCGACGGGUUCUCGUUGUCCAAGUCCGAGCGCAAGAAGCUCGAGAAACUCAACAAGUUCAACAUUGAUCUCCAGGCUCUGUUCGCCGCCGUCGAGCACCAUCACAUCGAACGGGCCCGCUCCAUCCUCGAGUCCAGCGACGUCGACGUCAACAGCGUGAACACGGACGGCUUCACGGCGCUCGACGUGGCCGUGCUGACGGGCGAGGCGUCGCUGGCCCGGCUGCUGCAGUCCCGCGGCGCCAGCGAGAGCCCCCGGUUCCCGACGGCCGAGGCCCGGGCCACCCAGCUGUCAGCGCUGCUGCGCGAGGCCCACCGGUGCGUCGACGACCUGGCCGGCUGCGUCGCCUCCGCGUCGGCCAACCAGGGGAGCCUGUCCAACGCGCUGCUCAAGGAGAAGGAGCGCCAACUGAGCCUAUGGAAAAGGCGCCUGGAGCUCAUCUCGGAGAUGAAGGCCGGUUUCGACGAGCUCCGGCCUCCGGACCCGCCCAGUCGGGUGACGCUCGAAGUGGUGGGAACCCAGUCGCUACGGGUGCGCAUUUCCGAGCCGCCGUUGGCCGCGGUGCAAGCCAGGGCCUUCGUCACCAAAUACAGAGUGGAAUGGUGCGACCGCGAGGACUUCGCCCUCGGCGUGGGCUCAAAGGAGCUGACCGACGUCCAGUUCCUGGAGUACGUCAUCCGGGACCUGGAGAAAGGCACGCCCUACUUCGUACGCGUGGCUGCCGGCAACGCCAAGGGCUUCAGCACGUACCAAACCUCGUGGCCACCCUGCGCCAGGCCAUCGAGUUGGCGCGACGUGGAGGACUGCUCGCCGCGGUGGACGGGCCGCAUCGACAGGCUCGACUCGCUCUUCCUGCAAGUCAUGGAGUCGAGGCCCCUGCACGGGUGCUCCGAGCUGCCGAAGAUCAACCCGUCCUCAGGCAUGGGCUCUGCGACGGCCUUCGGAGGGUCCGGAGAGCUGUACGACGUCACGCCCAUGCAGCAGAGGCGGCAAAUGCGCAAGAGCAUUCGUCAGCUGUUUGCGGCGGCGCCCAAGUUCCAGCGCACGCUGAAGCGGGGCGUGUACCUGGCGUGCCUGUUCUACAACGAGGACCGCAUCCUGGUCACCACCGAGGAGACGCUACCCAUUUUGGAGGUGGACGACUGCUACCCAGCCUCUUUCCAGACUGACUUCCACUGGCUCAUGAAGGUUGCGUGCACGUGGGACGAUGUGAAGACGCUCCGGCUGGACAUGGAGAAGAGUCACAGCUCGUCGAACGUGCACUUUCGCAGCAAGCUGCUGCAGACCGUCGAACAAAUGCAGUCUGCGCUGGGCGUACAAGACCUGGGCCAGGUCUACUACAAGCCGCUGCGAGACUACGAGGGCACGGCGGUCGUGUGCGUGGUCAAGUACGUGAGCGAGCCGAAGACGGUCAGCGCGCUGUCGGUGCGCUGGAUACCCCUGGCCAAGAUCCAGCGACGCAUGCCCAGCGUCAGCGACGGCGGGGAGCUGCCAUCGGCCGCCGAGAUGCUGGUCUCUUCCAUACAGGAGAUGAUGACGUACAACCAGACGAGCAGCAAGCCCCUGCCGCGGGGCCUCUACCUGGGAUACCUGAAACUCAAGAGCUCCAUGGACCUUAUCAGCAUCCUAGUGCCGUACCGGAACCCGAACGUCCUACCCCACUGCCGCAUCAGGGACAACCCACACGUCUCACGCGAGGAGUGGCAGUGGCUGAAGAGCCUCGGCGACCUGACCCACCAUUCGCCGCAGUCCGGCGACGAGCUUCGGCCCGAGGGCGCUUCUUCGGUGGCGCCGGACGCCGGCGGCGAGUCGUCGUCCGAGCGCAGGCCGCAGCCCGACGAGUCGCAGCUGCGCUUCCAGCGGGCCGUCUCGGCGGCCGCCAGGAGCCUCUUCGCGCAGCUGGAGGUGCCGCCCGAGCUCUACGACGCGCACAGGUUGUACGACGCCGAGGUGGUGGAGUUGGCGGAAGGGGUGAGCUUCCUGCUGGUGCUUCCGGCGGUGGAGAGCGUGUGCUCGGUGCCCGGCCAGCGGGACGAGCUCACCUCGCGCGCCGACUGCCUCGCCCUGCCGGUGCAGGUGUUCGAGGUGGUGCACCUGGGCACCUACCAGGCGCCCCUGAUCGCCCGAUACGCGCGCGUCUCGGCCAUGCUCGAGACGGACACGGUGCUCGCGCAGCACGCCAACCGAGAGGCUUUCUCGGCGCCCGAAGUGGCUGCAGCUCGGAGCCGGCUCACGCAGCUGCAGGACUUCCAGGCCCAGCUGGAACAGACGUGGCGCGGCAUGCGCUGGAUCAUGGACGCCCUCUCGUUCGCGCGCGACCGCUCGCUCAACGGGGGCCUCCCCAUGAGCGCCGUGUGGACGACGCCCGGCUCGACGGCGCCCUCUCCCACGUCGACGAGCCCCACGCGGCGGCGCCAGACGCAGCCGUCCAUCGUGCCUCCUUCGACGGUGUCCGCGCAGGCGCGGCGUGCCUCCCGCGUCGACGAUCUCAUCGACGCCAAGCUCUUCCUCACGGUGGGCGGUGUCAACGCCUCGGGAGGGUCGGGCGGCGCGUCCGUGGAGAUCAGGCGCUGCGCGUCUGCAUCUCGGUUGGUGCUGGAAAGGCCGCAGGACGACAUGGACGACAUCGAGGAGACGUCCUCGACCGAGGGGCGCGACGGUCCCACUGGCAACGUGUCGUUCGACGUCAACGACGAAGACGAAUAUGACGAGGAGAGCGCGGAAGACACCGUGAUGCCCACGGCGGCGCUGGCGCCCAGUGUCCUCAGGGUGUACGCCGCGUACGAGUCGGGUCUCCCGCCUGGCACUAGCAUCAAGCUCCACGUCACGCCCGAGACGACAGCCCGAGAAGUGGUCGAGCUCGUCGUGAGGCAGCUCAACACCGCCGUGGUCGCCAAGGGGAGGACGGGCCCGCUGUACGGUGACGAGAGGCUCGCGGACUUCUGCCUCGUCGCGGUAGUGGGUUCGCGCGAGCGCUGUCUGAGCGCGGAUUUCCAGCCGCUGAGCCUGCAGAAUCCUUGGACGAAGGGCAGGUUGUUUGUGAGGUUACGGAACUCGGAAGAAAUGUAGUGCACCCGCUCGACGGACCUUGCAGCGACAGUGGGAGCACAUGAAGUGCGCGUGUGCAGCUGUCACCUCUUGACUACCAAGAGCCAAGGACGUGGUUCCCGCAGGGCCACCUUCUCAGAUGUGACAUUGACUGCUGGCAGCUAAUGUUUGCCUGUGACAGUCACUAGGCUGAACUGGAGCACCACAUGUGCACAAAGUGCAGGGACAUUGCACAAGGCUGUAGUGAAAAUGAUGAUGACUGCAAAGUGUGUUGGUGCCACAGCAGAUUUGUGUCAGUGUAUGUCUAGACUGGAGGGCUUGGCAGCACGGCUUUCUGUUAGGGAGGACACAAAGCACUUCAGAAGGCUUAAAUUCAAGCCAAACACUUGAGCAGUGAGUUGUGAAGUUCGCAAGGGCGACUCCUAAUUUCAUGGGUUUACAAUGUAGUUAAAAGUCAAAGAAAGCCAGCAUGUCUCUGAGCACACCCUUGGACAAUGGGAAGUUCAGUGUCACAUUGGUGGAUAUUUUGGGACGUUUGGUUUGAGUUGUCGCUCCUAAUUUAUUUCAAAGUAUGUACGGAUCCUCAGUGGUGCUGGGCGCCAUGUUGUUUUCCUCUAAUUUAUUUUGAUUGUUGUCAUUCUGUGCUUGUUGUAAGUGUCAUUGUUGUAUCCCUUUCUGGUGUGAGACAGGCUGCCACAAAAGAGGCUAUGACAAAUGAGCUCAUGUGAUAGACGAUUGUUGAUUGUUCUGAAAAGUUUCGUAUGCCCUCAGAACUUGCUGAUUUUAGGUCACAUAGACAAAACAGUGAGCUUCAAAUAAUGAAACACACUUGACAUGGCAGACUCAGUGGCUGGGCAAGCAGCUUGAGCUGGGGUCUGGCUUUGGAAGUUUUCUCUAUAACUUGCGCAGGUCAAUAGCUGUAGUUGGUAAUGUAGAACCUGAAUAAUAGGCAUAUUAAGCAGGGAGCAAAGCAAAUCGCAACACAAGCAGUUCAAAGUUAGUGGGACAUGUAUAUCUCACAGUGUGAAAGUAUAAGAUCUGCAGAGAACACUUAGAGGUGCCUUAGUCGAAGUACUGUGCAUGGCUUCAUGAAUAUCACAAGGCCAAUUCAAAGUGCUGCUGUACCAUUGCCUGAAAGUGUGUACAUUGUCUCACUAUGGCAGUAUUACCUCCGUAAUAAUUUUCUGAGCUGCAUAACUUCUAAUGAAAUUAUCUAAGAUAACAUCAAAGAUAUGGCUCGGAAUAAAAAAUGUUAUUGUCUGUGCCACUUCCCAACAUUUCCAUUAAACUCAAGAUGAAGUUCAUGUGGGCUUGGCUUCUCAAGCAGCUCUAAAGCUACAAAUUUUUGCGCAGAUGUGUUGAACAUCGUACAACUUGAAGUGCAUAAUCUCGCACCCAGAAAAUUAUGGUAAUUAAAUUCACUUUUCUGUUUCAUGACUAAGGGAGAGCUUAUAGAAGGUUGCUUCAUUACAUGUGAAAGGCAGUGGUCAGAAACACAUUGCACACAGUAUGUGACAUGUUCAAGUUCAGUGCCUCCAGUGCAUGAAACUGUUUGAUGUGACAUAGUAAACAAUAGCUACGCAAAUACAUUGUCGCGAGAGCAGAAAAAGAUUAUUCUUGUGCUAGGAAGCUUUAAAUAGAAAGCAUCUGAGCAUACAAUAUUGAGGUAGCUUUGGCUGCCUGGACCAGUGUAAGUUCGAUCCAAGGCCCAUUUUCUCUGCAAGGGUUUCUACUGCCCCAAAGCAGUGUGGAUAUGAGUGGUACACCAAAACAUUGCUAGCACCCAUGCAAAAUUUACAUGCCAUGCUAUUGCUGGUAGGAGUUGCAGAGUAUGCACUAGUUACUGCAUCUGCUCUGAAUUAUGGAGCUAAAGGUAUGUGUGAUAAUUUGUGGUGGCAGCAGUACUCCAAAAGGCAUACUAAAGAAAACUACAGUUAAAACUCGAUCACGAAACCCUAUAUUGCAAAGUUUCCUAUAUAACAAAGAAAUUUCCAUUCCCCGGCAAAUACCUAUAAGGUUCCAUGUUGUCGUCAACCCGAAUGAAAGAAACUAUAGCUUGCAUUAAAUCCGAUUUAACGAUGGUUUUCCAGAAAUUAGUAAAAAAAAGCUGAGUUUUAUGUAAUUUUGAUGCAGAUAGGUUUUUCUUCGAGCGUGCACUCCAACGCUAUCGUGUUAAAACACCUACGCAUCCUAGUCACGGCCCUAGCUUUAUUUUGACGAGGCUGCACGCCGCACCCAUGCACAGAACAAUGGGCUCAACAGUCUAGCGUUCUUUCGUACCAGAAUGCGCUAGGGGCGGCGGUAUUUGGGUCCCCUCGCGGACUAUACACGGGCAGGCAUGGGUUAGCGGCAAAUACAAUGCUGCGGUACAUUUUGGGUGUCGCUAAGUUACAAUUUUAGAUUUCGGAAGACCGAAAAAUCUUACUCGAUAUUGCGAACUUCCUGAUUUAACGAAAUGAUUGGAGCGUGGUCGUCACUUCGCUAAAUCGCCUUUCAAAUGUAUCGCGUUAUAUUCGCAAAUUACACUUCAGGGGCACUAGGCAUGUCAGCCUGAUUAUGAUCUAAAGCCUCUCCAAGCCAAGAAACAUUCUAAACUAAGGUGUGUGCGAAAACCAUGUUAAGUAGCUCGGCAGGGCAGACGGUAGAUGUUAGCUCGGGUGGAAUCCAGUGAAAGAAGAGUCUGAAGUGAAGUAACCGAGACAGGCAUUGAAAUGGAACUGAAUGUCGAAUUCCCACACCUCUUUGCCAUAGUGAGACAAAUUUUUAUAGUGGCUGCUGGAAGCUGUUGAACUGCUUGUCGAUAAAAAAGGAUUACACUGCAUCUAAAAUUAAUGAAGGGCUCAGCCUGGAAAAAUGCUUGGAAAUUUUUUCGCAUGAUGGCAGAUGAACUACGAGGAUAAAUUGAAAUGUACAGAAAGAAAGUUGCUUGAAACACCUGUUACAUACAUUUGCAUUGGAAUGCAUUGCGCAAAAAUUCUGUAUCCGGUUUCUAAGUUUGGCAUAGUCCUAAGUUUACAUUUUGGAGCAUGAGUUAGCUUACCAUUAUAAAUGCAGGAAAACCUGCACACACGAGUAUGUAUUUCAGUCGUUUUCAAGUAUUUCAUAUUUGAACUUAUGCUGUUAGUACAGCGAUGCAUUCAAAUCUUUGACAACACACCACUAGGGCAACAAUUUGGGUGAAAAAUUCAAAAUGGGAAAGUUCAAGCUCAAUUUCUUUGCUUAGAAAUUGGGUCUUUUGCUGCAGACACAGAAAAUUCUUGAUAAGAGUCGAGGGAAAGCGAUAUCUUCUGCUGCAAAUUCUGAAACUAUCUCGAUGAAGGAAAAUGCCUUAACUAUUGUGCAGCAAAUUCGGAGCCAAUCUGGCCACAACAGAAAGGGAGCAAAGUACUGGCCAAGCACAGUGUUGCUUAGCUUGGCCGAUUUGACUAUAACUGACGUGUGCAGCGAGACAUGGCUAAUAGCCGCCAAAGAGAGAUCCAAGCACAGUCCUGAAUAUAUGCUCUACCAGCCUAAUUUCUUCUUUUUAGUAUCCCUACCGAUUGUUGUAAGCCACACUUGAGCAUAGUUGGUCCAGAUGUGAGGAGCUGGACAAAAUAGAGAAGGCAGAUGAGUGUAAAUGUGGCAGCCAUAGUCAGUGUGUCUUGUGAUAUGAUGUCUAUUUCCUAGGCUGCGGUAAUCGUGUUUCUGUGCCUGCAGUUGUAAAUUUCUCUCUCCAUAGAUUCCCGAAGCAAGGCACCCUGCUUCAUGCACUUUCCCAUGUUUGGUGUUUAGAAGCAAAACACUUGUAUGUUAUUGGCUUUGUGUUUUUCCCUUACUGGUACCAACUAGGACCUAAGAAAAAAAGAUUAAAUUGCACCCAGAUAUAUGAUAAACUGGAUCAGGUAGCAGCUGUUGCAAGCACCGUAACUGCAGCUGGUUUUGAUGCGUCUCAUAAAGUGCACGUGAAAUGGGUAUAGAACCUUGUGUUGUUACUUAGUAUGCUGCAUGCUGAGUGAUGCACAAUUCAAUCAAACCUUGCUGCAACUGCAAAAAAGAAACUGAUUUUCUGCUAGCAAUGUACAUUGAAUGCAGCUAAUAACUUCACACGGUUAGUUGCAAAUGAAUCAGAUGUCUGAUUUACACUUAGUUAAAGAAAACAU